GUCCACCAUUCACUCAGCCUCCGCUUCGGUCCGCCGUACAUCCCCUCUAUUAACGACCCAAACCCUUCCUCGCCCCCAAACCCUAUCGCCCAAGUCAAAUAGGUUACAUCGCCUUUUCCCGACCGCGCCGUCACAAUUCUAACAAAAUAGUCGUGUCUCGACACAGAUCUCUUCUUCAUCCGCAACAUGAGCUCGCCUCAAAUGAUCACCGCGGAUGCACAAUGUCCAGUGCAAGAGCUACAGUUGCGUCCAGUGGGCAAGUGGAUCACAACAAUUCGUGAAGGGGGUGGUCCAGACUUACUUGCACACGACACAGACGACGACAUCACUUUUUUGCGUAUAUUACCAGUGAAACAGGGACACGCCGAGGUGACCUUCGAGUUACCUCCCGAAAGGCCUAUGUCACGCCUGGGAAACGACGAGGAAUCGGCAAAGGACAAGCUGCACCGAUCCCUGCGACCUUGGGACGUGUACAAAGUGGCGCCUCGUCACCUUCGCAUAAGCUAGUGGUCAUUCGGCUCCCUCGACGACGAGGCUUUGUUGAAGGGGAAGAAGAUUGCGCGGUGGACGUUACCGGAUGAGCUGCCCUUGGAGCGGAGGCCCGGCGAUGAUGAGACGACGGGUAGCGCGCAAGCUUGUCGAUUUGGUUGAUCCACGCGACGUUAAUGGUCUCGGUUCGCGCAGCGCUGUUGAGGACGAACAAAGACCCGAUAUAGGGACCAUGCGGGCCGAAUGAUAGGUUUUGGACCGAGAACGGGCUUUAUGAUGGUUGUUGGCGAAGAAAAUGGGGAGGCUACUUUUGCAGUAGUUGAAUAGAUUGCAUUAUUGGUUAAUAGAUGCUGACAAGUAUUUUCUCACCAUUGGUCUUUCCCUUGAGUUUGUGAACUGUAUCUUAGAGCGAUGCAUAAGGAGCUGGAGGCUUCACUUGUGUUUAUUUAUAUAAUGUACUCUAGGCCAAUUCUUUCACAUACGACCAUAGGAUCCUGAGAACUAGGCUUCC